AUGGGGAAGAACGAACACCCACGGAAAGGAGAGACGGGGAAACCCCACCCGGAUCCCACUUCCCCCGGGUGUGACGCGUGGAUGUGGGAGACCGUGAUGGACAGCUGGGUGAUUCACUGUGUCAAGCAUCCUGUGGAGCCAUCGGACUCCAUGGUAUCCAGCGCAACAGGUUACGACCUGGUUUGUAGCUAUAAUUGGAAAGCUAGCCAGGAUCUGAAGAUUCAAAUACCCGGCUUUGCAGCGGUCUUGCAGGAGGUUUCCUUACCGAUUACGGUGCCUGGAGACCAGGCUACCCGCUCGAUGAAUGGAAGCACGGCGCGUAUUCCUGAAUAUUCCUGUGAGCCGCUGUUUCGCGCCACAGCAUCGAUGAACCCGUCAUUCCGCUUUGACGAAGUCGACAUCUUGGUGAAUCGAAAUAGUCUCAGGA